AAGGAAAAUAAUUGAAAUCCAUAAGAAUCCUUUGUGUCUCUCCCUCUCUCUCCUGGUUUUGUUUUUUUUAUUCGUUUUUUAGUCUCCUUCUUCGAUAUUAUUUCACGCGUCGCCGCUUCGUCUCGCCGUCUCUGUCUAGCCAACUGUAUCGUCAUCAACAACAACAACAACAUCAUCAUCAUCAUCAUCACGCAUUUUCAUUGCCAACAACAGCAGCAACAACUGGCGCAACGGUCAACGACAUUGAGAGAGACUACCAACAACAAGAACAACAACAACAAUGCCCAAAUGUGAUGUGAAAACCCGUUACAUUCCUGCGACUUUCGCCUGGAUUGUGCUGCUCCUAACCACAUUUCUCUUCUUCUUUUAUCCCUGCCAAUUCUAUGUGAAAAGCCAUCCAUGGGUGCUGGCCUAUCAAGGUGUGAUCACAUUCUUUGUGCUGGCCAAUUUCACAUUGGCCACAUUCAUGGAUCCAGGCAUUAUACCCAAAGCCUCGCCCGACGAAGACUGCGAGGAGGAGUUACGCGCCCCACUCUAUAAGAAUGCCGAAAUCAAUGGCAUUACGGUUAAGAUGAAAUGGUGUGUUACCUGUAAAUUUUAUAGACCGCCACGUUGUUCUCAUUGCUCUGUAUGCAAUCACUGCAUAGAGACCUUUGAUCAUCAUUGCCCAUGGGUCAAUAAUUGCAUUGGCAGACGGAAUUAUAGAUUCUUUUUCUUUUUUCUUGUCUCACUAUCGAUACAUAUGCUGAGCAUAUUCUCAUUGUGCCUCGUCUAUGUUCUCAAGAUAAUGCCGCAUAUUAAACACACGGCUCCGAUUGUGGCUAUCGUUCUAAUGGGUAUUGUUACAAUAUUGGCCAUACCCAUAUUCGGUUUAACCGGUUUUCAUAUGGUAUUGGUAUCGCGUGGUCGUACUACCAAUGAACAGGUUACUGGCAAGUUUAAGGGCGGCUAUAAUCCAUUCUCACGUGGCUGUUGGCACAAUUGUUGUUAUACUCAAUUCGGACCGCAGUAUCCGAGCUUACUCAAACCUAAGAAAUAUGCAUCGAGACGUUCACAGACACAAAAUCAGGCUAUUAGCACUAUAUGCAACGAUCGGACCAAUCAACAGACCAAUAAUACUGGCGGUGCCGGUGGAAAUGGCCAGGCCAAUGCCAUUGGCAGUGGUGGCGGUGGUGUUGGCGUCGGCGGUGGCGGUGGCGGUAUGCGUGGUACAUCAUCGGUUCAAUAUUCACCCCGCUCUUACUACGAGUCAAGUCGGGAGAAGCGUGGAAUUCAGGUAAAGACUUAUAUGGCCGAGGGCAAUGGUUAUAAUCAACGGUCGGGCAGUACAACGCUUUAUAGUAAGCUAUCACCUGGUCGAGAAUGUUCGGAUACAGAUCUGGAAGCGCCACCUGCCUCACAGAGUCAAGACUGCGAACCGACGCCGCCGUUGCAGCGUCAUAAUUCGAGUAAUUUUUAUCUGCCCCAGGUUAGCGAUGGUGUUGUCGGUCCUACGGGUCUUAAUGGUAACAUAAGUACGGGCAUGGGUGUGGUGCCCAAUAAUUCGCAAGGGGGCGGCGGAGGUGAUUCACCAAGACAUAUGCGUGUCUAUCAUCCCAGACAUAGUCCGCAUGCGAGACCCAGGGGUCUAGAUCCUCAGCGUGGCUAUACGACAAGUGAUACCCUAUCGCCGGAUCAUCCUGGCAGUGUAAUAGGAGUUGGUUAUGUCGGUGUCGGCCCCAAUGGCCAGCAGCAGCAACAACAGCAGGUUAUUUCAGUAGCACAAAAUCAACGUAGUGGGACCACAACGGCCACGCCCACCAUGCAACAACGAAUUAAGCCACUGGGCGUGGCAACGCCUCUUGUGAUGGCCAGCCCAGUGAGAAGAUCAAAUCCAGGCACACCCACCCAGCCACGUCGUCCAGAUUUCAUAGGCCUCAAUGCGCAGGCUGUGCAACAGCAGCAACAACAGCAGCAGCAACAACAACAAUCAGCGGCAGCAGCAGCUGCUUACUAUGAAUAUGCCAGCGGUCUGCCACCUCAGCAUCCACAAGCGCCAACCAUUCAGCAGCAGCAGCAACAAUUGCUACUGCAACAGCAGCGGGUAAUGUUGCAGCAUCAGCAGCAACAACAACAGCAGCAGCAAGCCAUGCAACAGGCGGUGGCCCAUGCCCAUCCACAGCAUGCGGCAUUGGCCCAAGCGGCGUAUGGCGGCAGUCCACAGCGUCGCUUCCUCUCCGAGGGUGAGCUAGUGCGUCAGGGUGCCGGCGGUAAUGAGCUGUCCUAUGCCAGGUCAAACAAUACUGUCGAUAAUAUACGGGAAUUGGCUGGAAGUCCACAGCGUGGCGUUUAUAUGUGGAAGGAUACAUCGCCGGGAUUUAGUAGCGGCGGCGUUGUCGGUGGCAAUGGUGGCCAGGCCACAGUUAGCAUUGGCAGCAGUGCGGGAACACUGCCCAAUAGUAAUACACCCGGAACGGGGGUUAUGCCGCAUGCCCAGUAUAUCACGGCUGGCGGUGGGGCUCAUCCUUUAAUCAUGACGCAUUCGCGGCUGCAGGACUAUGCAGCCCAGCAGCAACACCAACAACUUCAGCAGCAGCAGCAACAACAAGCGGUAGCGGCUGCAGCUGCUGCGGCAGCAGCUUCAUAUCAUCGCUCCAACCCCACAAGUCCCACAACAAUGCCACAAACAUCAGCCGCUCAAACCUAUAUACUACGUUAUGGCGGCGGCGGAGGCGGCGGUGGCGGCGGUGGCAUUGGGGCAGCCGGCAGCAGUGGCAGUCUGGCCAGUGUCUCAGCUGCCGGCAGUAAUACGGUUAGCGGUGGCCCAGUUGUCGGCGGUGGCUAUCAGCCAGCUUUAAGAGGCGGUGUACCAGUCUUUCCACCCAAUCCCCUGUCAGCAGCCCCAUCCUCCAGUGCCGCCAGUGUGUCGCUGCAACCGCAACCAUCGCCGCAAAUUAAACGCAAGCAAACCCCAACCCGACCAAUGAGCUUUGUUCGUGCCCUCGAGAUGACCGACUCGAUGGAAAUGCAGACUCUGGAACAGCAGCAACAGCAACAACAGCAGCAGCAGCAACAAAAUGGUGGCCUAACAUCAAAUAGUAUAGGCCAACAGAAUAAUGCUGCCCAGCAUCUAAUGCAGAACUCAUCGAAUUCGGCCACACCCGAUCGUGCCAGCAUUUAUGACAUGAACUAUGAGAUCUCCGUAUAACCCGUGGUUGUGCCUGUUGUCAUAAUGCCACCCGCCUCACCAGUUGUCGUUAGCCAUCAGCAGCAUAUACAACAACAUCAUCACCAUCCGCCGCAGGCGGCCAUUGAACCGGCAGCCUAUGCCUCGGUGCCCAUUGGGAAACUAAGUAAUGGCUUCAUUGCUGGUGCUCCUGGUGCGGUUAAUGCAGCUAAUCAUCAUCAUCAUCAACAUCAUCACCAUCAACAAACGCCAAAUAAACGCAAAUUUUCAACUUUCUUUUGAGUUGAGGCCAAUUUCACCUCCCCCCCUCGACAUUAGCUAAACGAAAGAAAAACAAAAACAAACGAGAAAACAAAAAACAAAAUAACAACAAAAAUCAGCCCAGUUUAGAUUUUGUAAAUAAUGUUGUAAAACUUAAUUUUUUUUUUUUACCAUUUUGUAAAUGGGAUUAUUGAUAUUGGUAUUAUAAUAUAUAAACACAUAUAUGAUAUAUAUAUAUCUAUAUACAUAUAUACGAGUAGUAAGUGCUAGGAAACUUCCAAAAUCAUGUUCAAAAUCCUUUUAUUAACACAAAUUUUUCGAAAUUCUUUUAAAAAAGUCUAGCAAAAGUCAACUGAAUCUAGAUUUUUAUAUAUAUACCUUUUAAUCAUGAACACAUUUUACAUUUUAUUCAAUCAUUUCUAUACUUAGAGUUGUCGAAUGCUUGUGGAUUAAUUCUUUGAUCUUCUCACAUAGUCCAAUUAUAUAUAUCCAUAUAUGUAUUGUAUAUCGUUUGCUACCGUAAUCAGUAAUCCCAUUUGUGAAGUUUUUAUUUAAUUAUUCUUUUUAUUUUUAAUCUUUUAUCCAGU